AUUUUUUUAAUCAAAAAAAAAAAAAUAGAAAAAUUAAAAACAAUAAUAAUCAAAAAACAAUUUUCUUUUAUUGUUGGAAUUACAUUUUUCAUUCAAUGUGUUCAAUAUAAAAAUAAAAAAAAUAUAAUUCAUUAAAUUAUGGGUUGUGUGCAUACAAAGUCAAUUUUGGAUAAGAACACAACAACAAUUAAAGAGAUUGAAACACCUGAAGUUUUAUUGAAUAUUAUAUUGAUUUUUUCAAAAACAGAUAAACAAUGUCAAUUGAUGAUUGAUGCAACUAAACAAUUGAAACAUAAUUGUACAUUGAUCAAUACAAGUAUAGAGGAUACUGCUACAAAAGAUGUAGUAGAUAAGAUUCUCAAUGAUAAACUUAAUGAUUCUCAACAGAUCAUUGAUAUGAUUGUAUUGGAUAUACGUAAAUUGAAAGUGAAUCGAUCUUUCAAUACAGCCAGCACUACUGCUACUACUAAGUCAACAGCUUUUCAACAAAUCAAUAUCAGUAGUAACAAGAUGACUACGCAAUGUUUGAGUCAUUGGUGUAAACAAUUAAGAAGUUAUUCAUUGACGCGAGAUUCAAUUAUUGUAGGAUUAUUGAAUCGAAAAUGUUCUGUUGAUCAAAGAAAACUACUCAUGAAUAAAGCUUUAAAAGCUGGUUGUAAUAAGUGUAUUUUUGAAACAUCCACCGUAGAUGAUUUUGUUGAAGAAUUAAAAAAUUUUGCUAAUAAUGAAUGGAAAUUAUUAAAUCAAAUACGUAAUUUCACAUGUACUAACAGUAUGACUGUUAAUGAUACCACCGAGUAUGAUAAUAAUAAUAACUCACUAAUGAAAACAGCAUCAGCAGUCGCUACAAAGACAACGAUCACUAAUGUGAACUCGGAUAAUACUGUUUUCAGUACAGAAUUCACAAACAUUCAAUCAAAAGCUAAAUUAUCUGAGAUUUUACCAAAACAUGAAUAUAAUUUACCAAUCACAUCAGAGAUUCGACAAUCGACAACAAUCAAUGAAUCAUUGGAUCAUGAUGAAAUAUCAACAGUGGAUGAAUUAAAAGCCAAUGUUAUUGAUUCAGUCACUGUGUUACAUGAACAAGGAAAAAAAUUCCGUGAAUUUAUAUCAGUUCGAAGGAGUAGAAAUUCAGAUACAAACAACAUUAGUAGUUUGAGUGCGUUAUUACAUUCUAGAUGUCCUGAUUUCUCAUCACCAAUGUGUAAAGUUAUUGCAAUUUUGAAUUCUGCACGUGUUCGUAGCCCAUUACCAAUAGCAAAAGAUUUACAAAAAGCCAUUAAUUUGAUCUGUAGUUCUAAUGUAUUUGUUGAUCAAAUAAUGAAACCAUUAAGUCGAACCAAUGAUCCAAUUACGGCGGAUUUAAUUGAAGGAUUAAUUACGGGGUCGAACUUGGCCAGAGAACCAGAGAAUUUACUCAGACUUCGAACUUUAGCUAAAUCUUUAAAAGGAUCAGAAAACGAUUCACCAACAUUGUCAACUUUACAAACCAAUCCAGAAAUUGAAGCUUGUCUUAUGAAUUUUGAUAAAUGGAGCUUUAAUAUAUUCGAUCUUGAACGUAUAACUGAUAAAAAACCAUUAACAUAUUUAGGCAUGAAAAUAUUGAAUAAUUUCAAUGCGCUGGAUGUAUUACGUGUACCUAGUCAAAUUUUAGUUGGUUGGUUAACUGUCAUGGAAGAACAUUAUCAUGUCGAUAAUCCAUAUCAUAAUGCUACACAUGCAAGUGAUGUGUUACAAGCAUCGGCUUACUUUUUACAACACGAUUUAAUCAGGUCAAUAUACACAAAUAUCGAUGAAAUCGCAACAUUGUUGGCUGCUAUCAUUCAUGAUGUCGAUCAUCCAGGUAAAACAAGUCCAUUUCUUGUGAAUAGUAAUGAUCCAUUGGCCAUAUUGUACAAUGAUAUUGCUGUAUUGGAAAGUCAUCAUGCAGCUGUUGCAUUUGAAUUAACUCUCCGAUCACCAGAUAUUAAUAUUUUUCAAAAUUUGACAAGAGAAGAAUAUCGUACAAUGCGUAGUUAUAUUGUUGAUAUGGUGUUAGCUACUGAAAUGGUACGACAUUUUGAUAUAGUGACAAAAUUUGUCAAUACUUUAAGUAAACCAAUGAUUGCAAAGAAUCGACAUCAUGAUCGUUCAUCUGUUGGUAGUAUGAGUUCGAUGGAAUCAUGUUCCAUAGGUAUAUCUCAUUCCACUUCACCUAGUCCUGGACAAGAACGUAUAUCGAGUACGUUGGAAAAUUUAUCAACAGCAGAAAAUAGAACAUUAAUUAAACGUCUAAUUAUUAAAUGUUCCGAUGUCAAUAAUCCAACCAGACCAUUAUCGAUUUGUAUUGAAUGGGCUAAACGAAUAGCUGAAGAAUAUUUUUGUCAAGUAAGUGUUUUUCCAAUACCUGAACUUAUGAACAAUUUAGAAAGUAAUACAACCUAUUGGGCUAGUAAUAUUGACAAAGAAAAACAAGAACAUGUCCUAACGUCGACUGAAUCCAAAUAA